UUUGAUCAGCUGUUUGGGUUUAAUCAGGCUUUAGCUGACUCUUUUAACUUCAAGCUUUUUUAAAUUUAAGUUAUUCUGAGAGCACCAUGGGAAGCUGGUUGAAAUGGUUGUGGUACCACAGAAACUACAUCAUCAUCGUCGUCACUCCACUCCUCUUUCUACCCCUGCCACUAGCCAUUCCGACACCGGAGGCGAAAUGCGGCUAUGCGAUCAUCCUUAUGGCUCUUUAUUGGUGCACAGAGUGCAUGCCUCUGGCUGUGACCGCCCUGCUUCCCAUCGUCCUUUUCCCCAUGAUGGGCAUCAUGAAAGCUGGAGAUGUCAGCAUUGAGUACCUGAAAGACUCCAACAUGCUGUUCAUCGGAGGCCUCUUGGUGGCCAUCGCAGUGGAGAACUGGAACCUUCAUAAACGCAUCGCCCUCCGAGUUUUGCUGCUGGUUGGUGUUCGUCCAGCUCUCUUAAUGAUGGGGUUCAUGAUUGUGUCGUCCUUCCUGUCCAUGUGGAUCAGCAAUACAGCCACCACGGCCAUGAUGCUGCCCAUCGCUAACGCUGUGCUCCAGCAGCUGCAAGCAACAGAGGCUCGAGCAGAGGAGCGAGAUUUCCAGAUUGCUGCUCAAGAAAACCUUGCGUUUGAGCUGGAGAUUAUAGAUACCAAGGACGAAAUGGAAGAUGAGAAAAAGCCUCCAAAGGAGAAUGGUGUCGCUGAGCCGAUGCAAAACUCAGAGUCCAUGGCAGACUCCAGAAGAAAGGCUAUGGAGGCAAAGUAUGAGCUCCUGACUAAAGGGAUGAGUCUGAGCGUGUGUUACUCUGCCAGCAUCGGAGGCACGGCCACACUAACCGGCACGACCCCCAACCUCAUCCUCAAGGGUCAAAUGGACAAGCUAUUCCCUGGAAACGGAGAUGUGAUCAACUUUGCCAGCUGGUUCGGUUUUGCUUUCCCCAACAUGGUGCUCAUGCUGGUGAUCUCCUGGCUCUGGCUGCAGUGUAUCUUUCUGGGCUUCAAUCUGAAAAGGUCAUUCAGCUGUGGCAUGAAAAGUGACAGAGAUAUAGAGGCUUAUGAUGUGAUGCGAGGCGAAUACAAGAAGCUGGGCAGUAUGAAGUUUGCUGAAGGAGCCGUGCUCACCAUCUUUGUCCUGCUCGUGCUCCUCUGGUUCACCAGGGAGCCGGGCUUCAUUCCUGGCUGGGCCACGGUGCUCUUCAAUCAGGAUGGGGCAUUUGUUUCAGAUGGAACUGUCGCCAUCUUCAUGUCCAUGCUCUUCUUCGUCAUUCCCUCUCGGCUGCCCACAUGUGGCAGCUACGGCUACAACGAGGCAGGUAAGAUGGUGAAGGCUCCUCCCACUCUGCUGAGCUGGAAGGUCGUUCACGAGCGAAUGCCCUGGAACAUCAUCCUGCUGCUGGGAGGAGGCUUCGCUCUGGCUGCCGGCAGCGAGGUGUCAGGUUUGUCCAAAUGGCUGGGAGCUAGUUUGGCACCUCUGCAGAAAAUCCCCCCCUUUGCCAUCUCGAUCCUGCUCUCCCUGCUUGUUGCAACAUUCACCGAGUGCUCCAGCAACACCGCCACCACCACUCUGUUCCUGCCCAUACUGGCCUCAAUGGCCACGGCUAUCCAGAUACACCCUCUUUACGUGAUGCUGCCCUGCACAAUCGCUUCCUCUCUGGCCUUCAUGCUGCCCGUGGCCACGCCCCCAAACGCCAUCGCCUUCUCAUUCGGAAAUCUCAAAGUCAUAGACAUGGUGAGAGCCGGCUUCAUGCUGAACCUCAUUGGGAUCCUGUGCAUUAAUUUAGGCAUCAACACCUGGGGGUACGCCAUGUUCGACAUGGGCACCUUCCCUCAGUGGGCCAACAACACACACAGCCUUCCUUAGAGUUGACAGAUAAACAGAAGGAACGACCAAAACGGUGUUAAAGCUUCUGAAAUUAUGUUUUAUAAAAGUUUAAUUUAUUCAGCCAAGUAAAGUCUAAUCUGCUUUAAGUUUCCCAGAAAAUAUUUUGGUCUCAAAGACCUCCUCCAUCACGUAAACCGAUGAUGUUCACGGCCUUUUAACAAGAACGUGACUUCAGUUUUAGAAAAUGAAGCAUAAAAAGAUAAAAGAAUCAGUAACCAUAUUCCAAAAGAGCUGCUGUUUAUAGACUGACAGUUGCAAUGAAGAUAGUCCUUGAAGUCUGCUGAUCUUUUAUUACUAUUAAACUUCUAGUGUUCAGUACUUCCUCGUACCAGGAACCGAACAAACGAGAAAAAAAUGGAGGUCAUUUCCUCAAGGACACUCUCCUGCAAAUGUUAUCAUUUUAUUAAUCUGUUUAUCAUUUACAGAUACAGGUUGGAUCGAUUCUUUAAAGCAGAGCUGUUUGUCAGGUUGUUGCUGUUUUACAUGCACAAUGGAAACAAAAGAGAGAGAAUUAACUGUAUCAGUUAAUUUAACUUAUUACUGAAAGCCUUAUUAAUUGUAAGUCUUUCUCUUUUUGGUGGAGUAUUUUAUUUGUAUCAGUAUUUUUUCUUUUUUUUUUUUUUGUCAAACCGAGCACGCAUCAACUUUUCUUUGUGCAAACACCAA